CACUAAACACAGAGCUUGAAAAAAAUUACUGGACACCUACUAGCCAAGAGGCCAAUUUAAGAAGAAUAAGAAAGAUUUAAGAAGGCAGUCCCACCAGCAAGAUCAUAAAACAUAUGGAAUCUCUGUCAAAACGGACAAUCAGCAUGUUACAGCAAAGGAGUUUCAUGUGCACAUGCUGGAGGAGGACUUGUUUGUUAAUACUUAGCAUAGGUAGUUUCUGAUCACACCCAUACUCUUACCUAAUCGCAAAGCAGGAACGCUAGAGCCCACUCAGAUGUCUAUUAUGUGCAGCUGAUUUGAACUGCGCUCCGGAGGACCAGGUCGGGAAAGGCUAUGCUUAGCUGUAAGUACUCAGCUGGAAAGGGUAUUAUUCCAAGAGUAGAAUGGAAGAAACUCACAACCCGCGAUGUCUCAUUUGUGUACUACAAAGGUGACUUAGUAGGUGAUCUGAAAGGCCGAGCAGAGAUGAUAGAUUCAAGCAUACGAAUUAGAAAUGUGACCAGAAAAGAUUCUGCGAGAUACCGUUGUGAAGUUAGUGCGCCGACUGAACGGGGACAAAAUCUGGCAGAGACCAUUAUUACUCUCACAGUGUUGGUGGCCUCGGCAGCUCCAUCGUGUGAAGUGCCCAGCUCAGCAAUGAGUGGAACAGUAGUACAACUGAGUUGUAAAGAAAAUGAAGGGUCUCCUGCUUCUGAGUACAAGUGGUAUAGGAAUGGUGUUGCUUUACUGGAAAAUACAGGAACAGGCAGUGCUAAAAGAGGAAACAUUUCUUACACCAUGAAUAAAAAGACUGGAACAUUGCUAUUUAACACAGUUUCAAAGAAGGACACUGGAGAGUAUUACUGUGAAGCCUCUAAUGGAAUUGGACUUCCUCAAAAAUGCUCUGUGAAGCGAAUGCAAGUUGAUGACCUUAAUAUAAGCGGAAUCAUAGCUGCUGUAGUAGUUGUGGCUCUGGUAAUGGCAUUAUGUGGCCUUGGGGUAUUUUAUGCACAAAAAAAAGGUUACUUUUCAAAAGAAAGCUCUUCUCAGAAGAAGAGUUCUGACUAUAAAUAUACCCCAAGUGAAAAGGAUUUCAAGCACACCAAGUCCUUUGUUAUUUAGAAGAUUUCAGCCUCUUUGAGGGACACACACUGACUACUUGUUAUACAGAAUAAAGGGAUUUUUUUUUAACUUCUGCAAAUAUUUGGAUUUGUUUUGAGAUGGCAUACACUGAAAGCAGAGUUUAUUGAAAUGUCUAGGAUCCGAUGUUACAAACCUAAUCACAGACUGAACUGUUCAUAUUGUUAAUACCAUUAUUUCUGUAAUUUAAGGAUAGUAGUAUGUAGAUAAUAUAAUUUGUAUGAAGGUUUCAUCUCAUCCUGUUUAUGUAUAUACACAGCAAGGGGACUUAUUACUAAGCAAAUUCAUGCUCAUGAUCUUUACAGAUUAGCAUUAGAAGUUUUUUGGCCACUCUAACCGAGUGCUUUGUAGUGUCUACAUCUAAAAGACAACAGAAAGGGCUCUAACUUUUGCCGUUUUUCAGUUUUAUUAGUGCCAUGACUUCUCUAAUAAUGUCAGACCAUGCAGUCAAGUGAACAAUUAUUCUGAUAUUGUACAAGUAUAAACUUGAGUUAUGUUAACUGUGGUUCAUCCUCUCUAUAAUAGAGAACCUCCAAACAGUGAUCUGCUGUAGAUGAGUGCUUUUCAAUCUUUUUUCAUUUGUCGAUCCCUACAAAAUUUCAAAUGGCGGUCCAGACUCUUUUAGAAAUCUUAGACAUAGUUUGCAGACCUCAGAUUGAAAACCACCGCUGUAGAUCAAAUGUUCAAAUCCCAAUGCUAAAGUGUGUAGCUUUUUUCCUUCUAGGAAGUAUAUUUAAGAUCUGUGAAAGUUUCUUUGCUAAAGAUUGUAUGUGUGAAGGAAAACAGUGCAGCAAAACUGAUGCAGUAUUAGUGCCUUGAUUUUUCUGUUAAAGUUCAGUUUUACAAAUAAAUGACGCCUAAUGUCUGA